AUGCCUUUCAAAUCGCGUUGGCAGAUCGACAUCCCCGACACCCAUCUGGCGUCGCUCCUCUUCACCUCCCCGACCCAUCCGCUCUCCACAACACACCGCAGCUACUCCGAAGCGGCGCGCCCUGACACGCAUUACUUCACCACACACGAUUUCCGACUAUGGUGUCAACGUUUUGCAGCCGGACUCCGCAAGUCUGGCCUCCAGACCGGUGAUCGAGUGCUGCUUUUCUCGGGCAACGAUCUCUUCUUUCCGGUCGUCUUCAUGGGCACUAUUAUGGCCGGCGGUGUCUUCACGGGCGCCAAUCCGACGUUUGUCGCCCGGGAGCUGGCAUUCCAAUUACAGGAUAGCGGGGCGACAUACCUCAUCUGCGCCGAGGGAAGCAUUGACACGGGUAUCGAAGCUGCUCGGAUCGCCGGACUGGGGCAUGAUCGCGUCUUCGUCUUUAACAAUGCGCUUUACGAUGGCGCCGGACGAGGCGUAAAGGGGUGUCGCUACUGGGGAGAGCUGGUAGCCUCCGUCCAGGAAGGUACGGGCUUUGCGUGGGAGGAGUUGAAUACCCCCGACAAGGCGGAUCGGACGCUCGCGCUCAACUACUCCAGCGGCACGACGGGACGGCCGAAGGGGGUGGAAAUCUCGCACAAGAACUACUGCGCCAACAUGAUGCAGUUCAAUCACAUGUUCUACCUGAAUCCGGACUGGGAGGAGAGACAGGCCCGCGCUCGGUGGCUCUGUUUCCUGCCGAUGUAUCAUGCCAUGGCCCAGAAUAUUUUCAUCGCCGCGGCGCUGAGUCGCAAUAUUCCGGUCUACAUCAUGCCCAAGUUCGAUUUCAUCAAGAUGUUGGAGUAUACGGAGAAGUUCCGCAUCACGGACUAUAUUCUGGUGCCCCCAGUCGUUGUGGCGCUGGCUAAACACCCCGCCGUGAAGAGCGGUAAAUAUGACCUCAGUAGUGUGGAGGUGAUUGGUUCUGGCGCCGCACCCCUGGGUCGAGAAGUCUGCGAGGAAGUAGAGGCGCUGUGGGAACCUGGACGGAUUAACAUCAAACAGGGAUGGGGCAUGACAGAGACUACCUGCUCGCUUCUGGGAUGGGACCCAACCCACAAGAGCGUUUCCGCAUCAGUUGGAGAACUGAACGCCAAUUGCGAGGCGAAGAUCAUGGCUGAGGACGGUGUGACCGAGUUGGGUCUGAACCAACGUGGCGAGCUCUGGGUCCGCGGACAGAAUGUGAUGAAAGGGUAUUGGAGAAAUCCUCAAGCGACGCAGGAGACGAAGACGCCUGACGGGUGGUUGAAGACGGGAGACAUCGCUGGACCGGAAGAAGGUAUAGUAGUGAUGCUCGGUCGUAAUCGGCGACACCGAAGCCUGACGCGAUUUGCUGAGUGGUGGCUAAUCGUUAUGACCCAGGAGUUGAUCAAAGUCAAGGGUAACCAGGUGGCACCCGCGGAGUUGGAGGCUCUUCUAUUGGAGCACCCUGCUGUGGCCGAUGCGGCGGUCAUUGGUAUCCCAGUGGAUGACGACGAACGCCCCCGGGCGUAUAUUGUCUUAAAGCCGGGGCAAAGCGCCACCGCCGAGGACAUUGUCGAAUUUGUUAGUGGGAAAGUAUCCCCGAUCAAGCGGAUUACCGGAGGAGUGGUUUUCCUGGAGGCGAUUCCCAAAAACCCGUCGGGGAAGAUUCUUCGAAAGGUGCUUAGAGAUCGAGCCAAGGAAGAGACCCAGAAGAACGGGAUUGCGUCCAAGCUGUAA